AACCACCUAGACACCCCGUGUCCCCCCCCCGCCCCGUACUUCCCUAUUCGGCCCCGCCCCGCCCGGGGUGCCCCAUAACCGCCUCCUCCAUCGGGCAGCGCUGGGCGAUGGGCCGGGGGGGGCUCCUGCUGCUGCUCCUGCUGCUGAUGAUGAUGAUGAUGCGGGCGGCUCCGAGGGGGGCAGAAGGGUCGUGCCGCCCGCAGGCGUCCUGCGAGGAGUGCAUCAGCUCCCACCCGCGGUGCGCGUGGUGCGAGGAGCCGGAAUUCCCAGGGGGGGCACAGAUGGAGACGUCGCGCUGUGCCCCACGGGAAGCCCUGGAGCGCGCCGGGUGCCCCCCCGGAGCCAUCGUGGAUCCCCAUGGGAGUCUGCGGGUCCUGAGGGACACAGAGAGGGGGGACGGCGGGGGGCAGCUGAGGCCCCAUAGUGUGGAGAUGGAGCUGAGGGCUGGUGAGGAGCUGAGCUUUGCUGUGCGGUUCCGGCGGGCGCGGGCGGUACCGGUGGACCUUUACUUCCUGCUGGACCUGUCCUACUCCAUGCGCGAUGACCUGCAGCUGCUGCAGCGCCUGGGCACCGAGCUGCUGCACGCCCUGCACAACGCGUCCAGCGCCGCGCGCAUCGGCUUCGGCUCCUUCGUGGACAAACCCCUGCUGCCCUUCUCAGCCGUGACCCCCCAGCGCAGCCCCUGUCCCGCUGCGGAGCCCUGCGCCCCCCCCGCUGCUUUCCGCCACCUGCUGCCCCUCACCAACGACAGCGCCGAGUUCCAGCGCCGCGUGCGCAGCCAGCGCGUCUCAGCCAACAUGGAUGCGCCCGAGGGCGGCUUCGAUGCCAUUGUGCAGGUGGCGGUGUGCCAGGAGCACAUCGGGUGGCGCCCCGUGAGGCGGCUGCUUCUCUUUGCGUCAGACGACACGUUCCACACUGCGGGGGACGGGCGCCUGGGGGGCAUCGCGCGACCCUGUGACGGCCGCUGCCACCUGGACGUGCACGGCGAGUACAGCAGCAGCCACCUCUAUGAUUACCCGUCAGUGGGACACCUGGCCCAGGUGCUGUCGGCCGCCGACAUUCUGCCCAUCUUCGCCGUCACUGCGCCCGUGGUGCCUGUGUACAGGGAGUUGAGCCGCCUCAUCCCUGGAGCUGUAGUGGGGGAACUGCGGGAGGACUCCAGCAACGUGGUGCAGCUCAUCACUGACGCCUACGAGAGCCUGACCUCCACGGUGGAACUGCGGCACUCAGCGCUGCCCCCCGGGCUCAGCCUCAGCAUCCAGCCCCACUGCGGCGACCCCCACGGCCCCCCACAGCCCCACAGCGCCCGCUGCACCGGAGUGGGCAUCAAUCAGGAGGUAACCUUCACAGUGCGGGUGAGGGCAGACAAGUGCCUGGGCCCCCCCCAGCGCGUGGGGCUGCGGGUGGUGGGGGUCCCCGAGGAGCUGACCCUGCUGCUGAACGCCCCCUGCUCCUGUCCCUGCGCCCAGCGGCGGGAGGGGGCCGCCCUCUGCAGGGGAGGGGACCUGGAGUGUGGCGUCUGCAGGUGCCCCAACGGCCGCCGUGGUCGCCGCUGUGAGUGCGAAGGGCCGGAGGAGGCGGGGGGGGGCUGCCGGCCCCAGAACAGCACGGCCCCCCCCUGCAGCGGGAGGGGGCGCUGCGUCUGUGGCUCCUGUCUGUGCCCCCCCGGGCUGAGCGGCCGCUACUGCCAGUGCGAGGAGGGGGCGUGCGAGCGGCACGACGGGCUGCCGUGCGGAGGAGAGCAGCGGGGUCAGUGCGUGUGCGGGCGCUGCCGGUGCCGGCCCGGGUUCGGCGGCCGCGGCUGCGGGUGUCCCAUGGCGCGGGACGGCUGCGUGCGGGACGGCACCGAGUGCAGCGGGAACGGACGGUGCGAGUGCGGGCGCUGCCGCUGCCAGAGCGGGUUCGUCGGGGCGUUGUGCGAGCGAUGCCCGAACUGCGCCGGGCGGUGCGAGAGGAUGCGAGACUGCGCGGACUGCGCCGCGUUCGGGCGGGGGAACUGCAGCCAGGCGUGUAACGGGACGGCGCUGCGGGUGCUGCCCCCGCCCGCGCCCCACGGAGCCGCGCUGUGCCGGGAGCUGAGCCCCGACGGCCGCGUCCUCGUGUUCAUGGUGGGGAGCGGGGACGGCGGUGAGGACGAGGAGGGGGCGGACACCGUCAUCACCGUGUGGGCUGAGGAGGCUCCAUUGCGGCAGUCCUCGCUGCUGGUGGCGGUGGUGGCGGCGGCGGCGGCCGCGGGGCUGCUGCUGGUGGCCGCGUGGGGCCGCGUCUCCGUGGAACUCCACGACCGCCGCGAGUUCCGGCGCUUCGAACGGGAGCGGCUCCGCGCCACGUGGGAUCAGGACAACCCUUUGUUCAGGAGCGCGACCACCACCACCGUCAACCCCAACUACCUCGGGGCUGACAGUGCAGCCGGGAGCCUGCAGUGAAUCCACAACGUCCCCACGGUGCUGGGGGAGGUGGGGGGGGGUGCACACCAGUGGAGACCCCCCCCAAACCGAGAAGCAGAGCCAAGGGUAGAAAAGGAGAAUGACAUUUAUUUAAAUACCCUAACGAACACCACCAAGGACCGACACCACUACUGGUAAAAAGAGACGAUUUUAUGACAUCUUAUAAAAACUACAGCUUAAAAGUGACGCCCCCCCCCUCACCUCCCAGCCCCAACUCCCCACCCCAAGUCCUUCCCCUUUCCCCAUAGCAAAAUAAGUAUAUUAAAAACAAAACAAAUCCCCCAAAACAAAACAAAAAUAACAGAAAAGUGAAGCUGUGGGGCUUUCCAGGCAGCGUGGAGGGGGGGGGUGUCGGUGUGGGCAGGGGGCUUCACUCCCCUUUCGUGUCUCCCCCGCAGUUCAUGAAGCCCCCGAGGGGCCUGGGGUGACCCUGCCCCACAUCGACCGACUCUAUGGCUGCACCAGGGGGGUUCCCGUGUCCCCAGAGGGCCCCCCCAGCCCCCAGCAGUGCCAGGGUACGAUAACAGGGUCACCGCAGUGGACACUAGUGGGGCUGUGGGCCCCUUCCCACCCCCACCCGUGGGAACGCGGCUCCUCCUGCUGUGAGGUUUCAGUUUGGGGUGAAGUUUCCGCUGCCCCCCCCCGGCCCCCCCUGGCCAUUUCCAGCAGUUCCGUUUGCUUUUAGGGGCAGGUGGGAGACAAACAGGGAGUGGGGAGGGGCUACAGUGACAUUGCUGGACUCCUUCACAGAGGGGUGGACUCUGUAAGUUCUCAGCUGUAGGGCUGCCAGGCUCUCCCUGGCCCCACUGCGAUGGUUUUUGGGCCCCCAGUCAGGAUGGGUUUGGGGCUCCCAUCCCCCCAGAGGCAGAGGUGACCGUGGUGAAAUGGCGCAGAAAAGGGCAAAAAGAACAACUGCAACGAGAAGGAAAAGCACCACAGCCCCAAGAGCCUGGGGAGG